AUUUAUCUACAUACGUUCAUUGUAUACAAUUUCUGAAAAAAUUGCAGUUUCUCUAGUUGAAAUUUUCUCAGUGAAAUUUCUAAAAAAUGAAUUCUGAUGUAUUAGCACUAUUCAUUAUUGCUUUCCGCAAAAAAAUAUCAGAAACACUUGAUCGUACAGUAACAGAGAUUAAAUUAAAGAAACUGGUGAGAGCUCUAUAUUUAUUAAAUAAACGUAAAAAUAAAAAUAAAGUGCGAAAACGAAAAUAUUGGGUUUAUCCGAUUUUUUCAACCGAUAACAGAAAAAGACAUGGAGCGAGUAAUAAUCUCAUAAGAGAGUUACAUUUUUAUAAUGAUGAGAAAUUCAUCAAUUACUUUCGUAUGACUCCAGAGGUUUUUGACAAAUUAUUUACUGCUGUCGAUCCAUACAUUACAAAACAAGAAUGUGUUCGAGAAGCAAUACCUCCAAAUAUACGAUUAGAAAUAUGUCUAUGUUACUUGGCUUCAGGAGAUAGCAUGAGAUCUCUUUCCUAUGCAUUUCGAGUAGCACAUAAUACAAUUUCAAAAAUUGUGUCCGAAACGUGCGAAGCAAUUUGGAUUGCAUUAAAGGAUACAGUUUUUGAACAACCCAGCAAAGAUUUGUGGAAAAAAAUAGCAAACGAAUUUGAAGAAAAUUGGGAUUUUCCAAACUGUAUAGGAGCAAUAGACGGAAAACAUGUCAUAAUCCAGGCUCCUCCAAAUAGUGGAUCUUCAUUUUAUAACUACAAGGGUCAACACAGUAUCAAUUUGCUUGCUGUUUGUGAUGCAAAAUAUCGGUUUACUUUCAUAGAUAUUGGAGCGGAAGGACGGCAGAGUGAUGGUGGAGUGUUUCGAAAUAGCAAAUUAUAUACUUCACUGGAAGAAAAUUCUCUACAAAUACCAUUACCAGUAGUAGUUGGAACCAAUGGUCCCAUUUUGCCAUAUGUGAUUGUGGCAGAUGAAGCUUUUGCUUUGAAAAAUUACAUGAUGCGACCAUAUUCUCGAAGCUUGCACCUUAAUCGAAGGAAAAAAAUCUUUAAUUACAGACUGAGUCGAGCAAGGCGUGUCAUAGAAAGUGCGUUCGGAAUACUAGUAGCAAGAUGGAGAAUUUAUAGAAAACCAAUUAUAGCAUCUCUUGAACUAACUAAAAAAAUUGUGCAAGCAACAUGUUGCUUACAUAAUUUUAUAAUUAAUAAUGAAAGUAAAGAUCGGUAUUAUUCUACUUUACAACCAGCCAAUCUAGUUGUAUCUGAAGGUCUUCAAGAUAUCGCAAAUAAAAUAGAAUCGGCUUGCCAAAAUGUGACAGAUAUAAGAAAUAAAUUUGCUAUGUAUUUUGAAGGAGAAGGUGCAAUUCCGUGGCAAUGGGAAAAAGCAUUACUCAAUGACUUUUGACAUUUCUAUAAAAAUAAGUUUCAUUAUGUUUGUAACACAAAUUCAGAGAAUUCAGACAAUAAAUAAAGUAUGAGUAUGUAAAAGAAAUUUACAAGAUUUAAAU